UUUAAUUAAGUAUUCUACAUCCUUGCUUAAUUUCUAAAUGGAACUUCCCUUAUCAUGCAUUGAACGUAGAGUUCAAAAAAUUAAGAAAAAAAUAUUCUCAUCAAAUUUUGAUCUCUAUUCUUUUGUAAGCCCUUCAACUUAUGACACUGCAUGGUUAGCAAUGAUUCCUGAUUCUAAAUAUCCUUCACAACCUAUGUUCAAAAAUUAUUUGGAUUGGUUGAUAAAAAAUCAAAAACCUGAAGGAUUUUGGGGAGAGAGUGACACCAUUGAAUGUCUUCCAACAACAAUUGUUUCCAUGGUUGCACUAAAAAAGUGGAACAUUGGCACAUCAAUGGUAGAUAAAGGACGGUCAUUUAUUCAUGCAAAUGCUGAUAAGUUGAUGAAUGAAGUUAAAGAAGAUUGCCCUCGUUGGCUAGCUAUUGUUUUGCCUUCUAUGAUUGAACUUGCUGAUACCAUGGGUCUAGAUGUGAUCUUCCCUGACUCAUCUAGGGAAACCAUAUCCUAUAUUGAUAACCGUCGCAAAACUUUUCUUUUCAAGGAGGAAGUUGUCGAAGAUUUCCAUUGUUACCCUCCAAUAUUGUCAUAUCUUGAAACUUUGCCUCCAAAAUAUGUUAAUGAAAAAGAUAUAUGUAAGAAUUUGAGUGAAGAUGGUUCAUUAUUCCAAUCACCCUCUGCCACUGCAAAAGCAUUCAUGGAUUAUGGAAAUAAAGAGUGCCUCACAUAUUUAAAGUCCAUUGCACAAAGAUGCCCAAAAGCAGUUCCACAAGCAUAUCCAAUGGAUGAGGAUUUUAUAAAGCUAUGCAUUGCUAACCAACUUAAGAAGUUUGGGUUGGGAGAGUACUUUGUGGGAGAGAUUGAAACCCUUUUGGCACAAGUUUAUAGGAACUAUAAUAUGGAGCAAAAUUCACGGGUAAAAGCAUCGAAUAUGAAUGCUUUGAGGCUUGAGAAAGAUAGUCUAGCAUUUGAGAUCCUGCGGACACAUGGAUUCAAAGUCUCACCAUUACGGUUUUGUUGGUUUCUAAAUGACUUUGAAAUUGGAGCUGAGGUUGAGAAAGAAUAUGAGCACUUCUCAAGAGCAAUGCUUCACGUGUUCAGAGCCUCAAACCUAAUGUUCAGUGGAGAAUAUGAACUAGAUGAAGCUAGAGCUUUUUCUAGGAAAGUACUUGACAAAAUUGUUUCAACAAGAAAAGGAGGCUUAUUGCUGCGACAGAUAGAGCACGAAUUAAGUUUUCCAUGGUUUGCUCGCCUGGAUCACUUAGAACACAGAAUGUGGAUAGAAGAAAGCGAAGCCAAUGCUUUAUGGAAAGGAAAGACAUCAUAUAAUAGGGUAUCAUAUCUCUAUAACGAUGAAUUGCUACAACUUGCCACUCUAAACUUUGAGUUUAAGCAAUUGCUAUACAAAAAUGAAUUGAAGGAACUGAAGAGGUGGGCUGAAAAAUGUGGAAUUAGUAAUAUGGGAUUUGGAAGAGAAAAAAGCACUUAUUGUUACUUUGCUGUUUCUGCUGUUUUAACAUCCAUUCCUCAUGAUUCUUACGUAAGAAUGCUUGUAGCUAAAAGUGCAAUUAUAAUCACCGUUGCCGAUGAUUUCUUUGACACCACUGGGUCUCUCAAUGAACUAGAAUUUCUCACAGAUGCAAUUCAAAGAUGGGAUGCCAAAGGCCUAGGCAGCCACAGCAAAGUUAUAUUUGAUUCACUUGAUGAUCUUGUCAUUGAAGCUUCUAGAAAAUAUCUUCAACAAGAAGGAACAUCUUAUGAUAUUUCAAACAGCUUAAAAGAUCUAUGGUAUGAAGCUUUCCUUGCAUGGCUCAUAGAGGCAAAAUGGAGCAGAAAUGGACACAAACCAUCCAUUGAUUCUUACCUUAAAAUAGGCAUGACUUCAAUUGGAUCACAUAUUUUGGUGCUUUCAUCCUCAUGUUUUUUGAAGCCAAGUUUACCAGCAAAAAAACUUAGGCUAACACCUUAUGAACCCAUAACAAAUCUACUAAUGAUCAUUUCUCGUUUAUUAAAUGACGUGGAGAGUUAUCAGAAGGAAAAGGAAGAAGGGAAAUUGAAUUCUGUUUUGGUCAACUUGAUGGAGAAUCCUGAAUUUGAUAUUGAAGAUUCCAUUGCUUAUGUGAGAGAAAUAGUUGAGAAAAAGAAGAAAGAGUUUCUUGAACUUGUUUUAAUUGAUGGAUUAUGUGAUUUGCCUAAGCCUAGCAAACAUCUUCAUCUAUCAUGCUUGAAAGUUUUUCAAAUGUUUUUCAACUCCAAAAAUAGAUUUGAUUCAAAUACAGAUUUGGUGGAGGAUAUAAACAAAGCAAUAUAUCUUCCUUUGAGUAAAACUAAGUAUGUUUCACCUCAAACAAUGCCAAAGAAGAAACAUACUAUAACAAAAAUGCAUAGCAAUUUGCCAUUCAAACAUAACAAUAGGAUAAAUUUCAAUGGAAUGAGAUUCAUGACACCUAAAAUUGGGCUUGGAUUUAUUUGAAUCGAAUAAAAAGAAGAAUGAAUGAUGCAUAUAGUUAUGUAAUGUAAAAUAGUAUAUGCAUUAUAUAGCUACCAUAUUUAGAAGGGAUUGUUUGAAGCAUAAGGAUUAGUUCUAGUAUUGCUUAAAAUUAUUGGUGAAAAUUGUCAAGUUUGUAUUAAUGUGUACAUUCUCUUUGUAAUGUUUUUCCGAUGUUAAAAAAAAUAUUUGGGUA